ACUGCAUCUUCAUCUCUUUUCUGAUUCUACUUCCAAAAUGUCUCACCAGGGAAGAUGCACUGCUGUACUACUUGCCAUCACUCUCCUCAUCACUCUGAACUCACUUUCCUCUGUAUCUGCCCGACCUACUAUUCAUACCGUUGGCGAUGAUUCUGGCUGGACUUUCAACGUGGAAAGAUGGACCGGAGGGAAGAGGUUCCAGGCUGGAGACAUACUUGCUUUCAACUACGAUCCAUCAUUCCACAAUGUUGCAAAUGUUGGUGUCCACGGCUACACAAGUUGCACUGCUUCUUCGAAUUCUGGAACUUCCACUAGUGGAAACGAUCGAAUGAUACUGUUAAGGGGAUGGAACUACUUCAUUUGCAGCAUUCCUGGCCAUUGCCAGGAGGGAAUGAGGAUAGCAGUUUAUGCUUCCUAAAAUACUAUAUAUAUGCAGCUUAAAAUUCUCUUAAAAAAUAGGGAAGAACUGUCUGCGGGGAAUUUGGAAUAAAGAAAACCAUUCAUUGUAUCUCUGUUGAUUGUAAUCAAUGGAAUGAAUGAGGAUAGCAGUUUAUGCUUCCUAAAACACUAUAUAUAUGCAGCUUAAAAUUCUCUUAAAAAAUAGGGAAGAACUGU